UCCACCCUCAGUGCCAACAUGAUGAAGAAGCAAGUGGAGGUCAGGAUGGACGAGAGCCACCUGGAGCCCAUCGUGGAGAAUCCCGAGAGCAUGUGUAGCAGCUUCUGUGACAAAGUCAUGAAGCACAUGGUUCUCACCCUCACCAUCCUCGGUGUGUUUCUGGGCUCCAUCGCUGGAAUGCUGCUGCGGCACAUCUCUCCUCUGCCCGCUGAUGUCAUCAUGAUCAUCGCCUUCCCGGGGGAGAUCCUCAUGAGGAUGCUGAAGAUGCUGAUCCUGCCUCUUGUGGUUUCCAGUCUGGUCACAGGACUCGCCGGGUUGGACGCCAAAUCCAGCGGGCGCCUGGGCACCAGGGCCAUGGUGUACUACAUGUCCACCACGGUGAUCGCAGCCGUCCUGGGAGUGAUCCUGGUGCUGCUCAUCCACCCCGGGAACCCCAAGCUGAAGGCCAACCUCGGGCACGGCAAGAAGAACGACGACGUGUCCAGCGUGGACGCCUUCUUCGAUCUCAUCCGAAAUCUGUUCCCGGAGAACCUGGUGCAGGCCUGUUUUCAGCAGGUAGGAGUCUGGCAGAAGAAAAAAAGUUCUCACCCACCAAGUCAAAUCCAAACAGUGGUUACUAAAGUACCAGUGCCCACCAACAGGACCAAGGCACCCCCACAGUUCACAGUGAAAAGGGCGCUGCAGUUCAAGAGUGGGAUGAAUGUCCUGGGCCUCAUCGGGUUCUUUGUGGCGUUCGGAGUCAUUAUGGGCAAAAUGGGAGAAAAGGCCAAGAUGAUGUUGGAGUUCUUCAACGUCCUGAACGAGAUCGUCAUGAGGCUCGUCGGUGCGAUCAUGUGGUACUCCCCGUUCGGUAUCGCCUGCCUCAUCUGCGGAAAGAUCAUCUCCAUCGCCGACCUGGAGGUGGUGGCGAGGCAGCUGGGGAUGUACAUGGUCACCGUCAUCGUGGGCCUCAUCAUCCACGGGGGCAUCUUCCUCCCGCUGAUAUAUUUUGUGAUAGUAAGACAGAACCCCUUCACGUUCUUCAUGGGGAUAUUCCAGGCUUGGGUGACCGCGCUCGGAACAGCGUCCAGUGCCGGCACCCUGCCUGUCACGUUCCGCUGCCUGGAGGAGAACCUGGGCAUUGACAAGCGGGUGACGCGGUUCGUGCUCCCCGUGGGCGCCACCAUCAACAUGGACGGCACCGCGCUCUACGAGGCCGUGGCGGCCAUCUUCAUCGCUCAGAUGAACGGGAUCCAGCUCGACUGGGGACAGAUCAUCACCGUCAGUAUGACAGCCACCCUGGCCAGUGUCGGAGCAGCCAGUAUCCCCAGUGCGGGCCUCGUGACCAUGCUCCUGAUCCUCACGGCGGUGGGGCUGCCCACUCAGGACAUCAGCCUCCUGGUGGCUGUCGACUGGCUGCUGGAUCGAUUCCGGACCUCGGUGAACGUGGUGGGCGACUCGUACGGCGCCGGCAUCGUCUACCACCUCAGCAAACACGAGCUGGACUCGUUCGACGCCCAGCAGGCCCGGAUGGACGAGUUCGAGAUGGCAAAGACACAAUCCUUCUAUGAAAAUAACAGCAACCAGAAUGUAUACACUAACCACAACUCAAUCUUGAUAGACGACUGCAAGGUCACCAUGGGGAAAAAUGGCAAGACUACAGACUUCUCUCUUGUUGAGGAGGAACCAUGGAAAUGCCAGAAAUAA